AAAUCUGGCGCUGCUGCUCCCCUCGGCCAUACCCGAGCCCGCCAGCGCCACAGCCGUUAUGCGUCUGCAAACGGUUCGAGCCUCCGCGCCAAACCGUCACAACGCGUCGCUUCCCCGCCCCUGGCAGCGCAGCGUCAAAAAAUCCCCGAGAUCGAAGCCGCCUCGCGCGCCCUGCCUGCGGGGGUGUCAGAAACCGUCAACCGAACCCUCCGCGGAGAGCGCGCGCGCACGCCGGCCGGCCGCCCCCCCUCCGCUCGGGUCUCGCUCCUUCUUGGUUCAGGCCGCAGUUUCCUAUCGGCUUCACAGGGGGCGCCGCGGGAGCUGCUGACGUCAGAGCUCGCGCCGCGCUGGGUCGUGGGCGGUUUGUUGCCACAGCUGUCAUGGGAUGGGCCGGGGCGGGGCGAAGCAGGAGCCUCUAGCGGGCGGGUGAGGCCAGCAAGCCCGAUGCAAAGUGCGGGGGGUCCAGGCGAUGGGCAAGUGGCGGGAGGUCGGAGAGUGAGCACCGCGGGCACCCAGACCGAUAGCGUGUCAGGUCAAACACCAAGGCUUUCCAAAGUCAACCUUUUUACUUUGUUCAUUUUACAAAAGAAAUCACAGGUAAAGAAGACUGGCCUUGUCGUAGUGAAAAAUAUUAAAAUUGUUGGUCUACAUUGCUCCAGUGCAGACUUACAUGCUGGCCAAAUUGCUUUGAUUAAACAUGGAUCAAGGCUUAAAAACUGUGAUCUUUAUUUUUCCAGAAAACCAUGUUCAACUUGUUUAAAAAUGAUUGUAAAUGCUGGAGUGAAUAGAAUUUCAUAUUGGCCUGCAGAUCCUGAAAUAAGCUUGCAGAAUGAAGCCUCCAACCCUACCCAUACUGAAGAUGCAAAGCUGGAUGCCAAAGCAGUAGAAAGAUUGAAGUCAAAUAGUCGAGCUCGUGUGUGUCUCUUGCUUCAGCCCUUAGUCUGUGAUAUGGUGCAGUUUGUAGAGGAAACCUCCCAAAAAUGUGAUUUCAUUCAAAAAAUUGCAAAAACUCUGUCUGAGUGUAACACUGAUUUUUAUGCUGAGUGUAGACAAGAAAGAAUAAAAGAGUAUGAAAGUUUAUUCCUAAUUUCAAAUGAAGAAAUGCACAAGCAAAUUUUGAUGACCAUUGGUCUGGAGAACCUCUGUGAAAAUCCAUAUUUUAGUAAUCUUAGGCAAAAUAUGAAGGAUCUUGUCCUGCUUUUGGCCACAGUAGCUGCCAGUGUCCCUACCUGUGGCCAUUUUGGAUUUUAUUGUAAUGAAUCACAGCAAGCAAAUGAAAUGCGCCAUCAAAGUUUGUCCCAAGAAAUUGCAAGGCACUGUAUGAUACAAGCCAGAUUACUGGCAUACCGAACUGAGGAUCACAAAACCGGUGUUGGAGCUGUUAUUUGGGCAGAAGGAAAAUCUAGCUGUGAUGGGACAGGAGCCAUGUAUUUUGUAGGCUGUGGUUAUAAUGCCUUUCCUGUUGGAUCUGAAUAUGCUGAUUUUCCACACAUGGAUGAUAAACAAAAAGACAGAGAAAUCAGAAAGUUCAGAUACAUCAUACAUGCUGAGCAGAACGCCUUAACAUUCAGGUGUCAGGAAAUAAAACCAGAAGAGAGAAGCAUGAUUUUUGUGACAAAAUGUCCUUGUGAUGAAUGUGUGCCUUUAAUCAAAGGUUCUGGCAUCAAGCAAAUCUAUGCUGGAGAUGUAGAUGUUGGAAAGAAGAAAGCAGACAUAUCAUACAUGAAGUUUGGUGAACUUGAGGGAGUUUGCAAAUUUACAUGGCAACUAAGCCCAUCCCACAUUGGUGUUCAUGAGCCUACACCCAGAGAAAAUGGUGUACGGAAAUCAAAGUCACUAGAUGAACAGCAGCAUCAGAACAAGAAACUCUGCCUUGGAAAUCAUUGAGCAACUAAGCACAAAACAAGAGAGGUCUCUGCAAAUUCUCUAUAGCACUUUUAUAAUCCAGCCUAUUUGUGCUAGCAAAUAAGAAUGGAUUUUAUUUAUUAAUCGCUUGAAAGGAGAUUUUUAGAGUAAGUUUAUUUAUGAUAUCUUAAAUGUUUUGUAGCAUUUUUAUUUUAGAUGUUUAUGAAAGGAAUUUCUGGAAAAUGCUGCUGCUAUUAUAUACAAAAGGAAUUUGUUGGUGCCCACUAAGAUUGCUUUGCUGGCUGGUCAUUGUUAAUAGAAAUUCAGAUCUGUGGACUGGAAAGUAGCUCAGUGUUCAUAGGACAGAAGAAUUUUUGAGAAGAAAAGCAAAAUGGCAUGUGGUUGGCUUUCAGGAAUGGAUUGCCAUGCUUCUGGCAAUCAAACAGCUCUGCAGAAACGAUAUGGUCCUAUUGUUCAAGUACUCUGUGGAAAUUCCACAGCAUACAGGGUUUGCAGAUAGUAACUGUAAUUGUUACAUUAAAGUAAGUUUCAUUUUUGCUUUUCAGUCUUCUGGUGUAAAGGAUAUAAAGACAUUGAAUGUCCCAGCUAGAUAAAUGCCUCUCAGAUAAA